ACAAUAAUAUUUUAUCUUACGGGAAAUGGAUAAGAAGCAGAAAGCAUGUGCUUCUCUUCAAUGGUUUAAAGUAAAGUUUUUAUUUUCAAAUUCUUUUAUUGCUGCAAUUUUAGAUUUAUAAUAAUAACAAAACAAAAAACAUGCUGAAUAAAAAUGGUUGCUCCUAGGACUAAUGUGAGUCGAAAGAAAGAUUGGUCACCUUCUGAUGUACAGGAUGCAAAAAAUUACUACAAUAAAACCUUAGCAAGCAAGUCAACUGUAAGGUAUGGUGAGAGUAACCAAGCAGGUUUGAAGUACAAACAAGCAUUGUUACCACAGUGGAGCAAAGAUUUUGUUAACAGCUUUCCACCCAAUGAUCUAACCGUUACAAAUGUUUCACAAAGCUAUCAUUUAAGUACUGUUCACGAUAUUGAGGUAGCGCGUUCUGAAGAUCUAACAUCAAAAGAAUGGUUAAAACAGCAUGGUCUCGAAGCACAAGAUAUCACUGUGGAAAAUAUUUUUAAACAUGGUUCUCCCUUACCAUCAUCAACAGGGUCUGUUGAAGACGAUGAGUAUUUUAAAUUUCAGCAACACACACUCCAAGAGUUUCAAUCUAAAAUUAAUCAUUUGAUUUGUACAAUUGAAGAACGCAUAAGGUGGCUACUUACAGACAGCCGCAAGGUGUUUGGAAAUAUAAAUGGUGAACGUACAUGUGUUUUGAUCGAUGCUUCAGAUAUUAAUCUUGCUUUUGGUAGACUUCCUGCACUACAAGAGUCAUUGAAGCUUUUAUUAAAGGAACAACUAUCUAAAAAAUGCAAAUUAAUAAUGGCUUCGUUUGGAACUGUUACAAAUUUCUCUUGGGAUAUUUUAAGAAGCACAAAUAAUUCUACUAUGAAUGAAGCUGAGCACUGGGUAGAGUUCAUGACACCAUCAGGCAGCUGCAAUGCAAUGCAUGCUAUAAAACGUGUCCUGAAACAGAAAGAUAUUGACAGUAUUGUGUUUAUACUUGGUAACAGUCCGGACCAAAACACUGAUGUUUUACUCGACUACACAGUGGAGUCACUCUCUGGUAGAAAUGUCUUGAUGCAUACUGUGGCAUAUAACUGUCAACUAAAAAACACUAAAAUGUUUUUAGAAGACUUAGCCAUGAAAACAAAUGGUCGAUAUCACUGCUACUCCUAUGAAGACGAGGAAGAGAUCAUGCAAGGUACAGAUUUAAUGUCGUUGUCACAUGAAAUCAAAAGAGCAAAGCAAAUUUUGUUGCAUUUGGAGGAUCUAAAGAAUGGCAAUUCUGUGGGAAGUAAAGCUAUUGCUUGUAUUGAAGAGCCUUCUCAUGCAUUGAUUGAAGCAGAUUAUCAUCAAAAACAGCAAGAAAAAUUAAACAAAAUUGAUGAAGAGUAUUACCACUUGAAACUUGAGAAACCAUCCAUUCCUAUCAGAACCUCAAAAGAAUGGCUAAAAUCAUUUGGACUAAAAGCAAAAGGGUUGACAUUGUAUCAAGUCAUGGCACCAAACGUAUACUCGUAUGUUUCAAGUUAUGUGUCUACAUUGAAUAAACAAAUUGAGUCGAGAAUCCAUCAUCAAAGUAUGAUUCAGAUGGAUUGGUAUGAUGGCAGUGUAAAAAAUGUUCACGUUGAUCCUGUCAUACUGUUCAACUAUCAACAUCAUCUACAGGCUGCGUUAAACUUAUAUCGUAAACGAUUAAAUUGGUUAAAUGAAGACAGCCGCAAGACGUUUGGAACUAUUGUCCAAAAGAAGAUUGUGAUUCUUGUCGAUAUGAGUAUUGAAGCUCAACUUGAAAUAGGAGAACUGUUAUUGUCAGUUAAACAUCUUCUGGAGCAGCAGUUAUCGAACAAAACACUGUUUAAUUUAGUAUGUCUUGGCGAACGUGUGCUAGCAUUUAAGUCAAUGAUGGUGGAACCGACACAUGAAAAUCUCACUGCAUGUUGGAAAUGGUUGUCAGAAAGAGAAUGUUCAGGAGCCAAGAAAAUUCUUCCUGGUUUGAGAUUUAUUUUGGAAAACGAAGAAGAGCGAAAACAGAGCAUAGAUGUGGAUGGAAUAUAUUUCAUAUCAACUGGAACUCCUGAGGAAAAUGAGGACGUGGUCAGUAGCUACAUCAGUGAAAGUUUUGUUGGCACAGAGAUGUCGUUCAACUGUAUCUAUUUCCAGCCAAUGAAAGCGAAUUUAUUUAGUUCAGAAAUGGAGCAUGCAUCGAAAUAUCUGAAAAAGCUAGCCCAUCAAAAUAAUGGUCGAUUUCAUUGGGUGGAUUCGAAAGUUGCCGUAGAAUCUGAUGAUAUUCGAUUAAUCGCUGAAGAAAUGAAUAAAGCCAGCAACUACCUAACCAAGUCACAAUUACUUCUUGACAAAAUGAAAAGUAAACAAGAUGAAAGAAACAAGGCAAAAGCGGACGAUAUGGCAAGCUUAGACGAAGCACCGCACCUAAAUAGAAAAAACUUGUCACGUUCAACUAUCAACAAGCCAAGAAUGGAAUUUUCAAGACCUAAGUCUGCUGUUGUUGCCUCGCUUACUAAGAAAAAGAAGUCAAAGCCAAGGCCAGUUAGUUCAAGAUUAACUUCAACUCCCUCUAUUGCUUGGAGACCAAAUUCUGUCCAAUCAGGUUCACUUAUACCAGCUGUUCCAACACCUGUCCCUGGUAAGAAGUUUAAAGAUAUCACUGAGCGGAUUGUCUAUGAAGAUGAAAAACCCGCCCAGCAAAUUUUCUACACUGAAGUUGGAAACAGUACAGGCUCAGUAUUUCGUUAUAAUCCCCGCCCAACGUGCCAGAAAAAGAAAGCGCCCAUUAUAACUCCCGUGGAAAUAAAAAUACCGGACCACGAAGAGCAGAUGUCGUCGAAAGACUGGAUCCAUAGAUAUGGGUUGACGAAGCAUAAACUCGAUUUAAACUUGAUUAUAUCAGCAACAGAUAGUUGUCGUUCAAGUGAAAAAGUGUCAACAAUUAAAAAAACUGUCCACGCAAGGUAUUGUGAUAUAUUCCCAAGCGUUGAACUCAAUGGUUCAGUGCAUCAUUUACAUCUACAAGUGAACGACUUGGUCGAGUUUGAAAAACGUGUCGAGAUUGUGUUGAAGAGAUGCACUAAGAGAUUAAAAUGGCUGCUUCAAGGUAGUAGAAGUGUAUUUGGUACGGUAAUCGAGUCUAAUGUUGUUUUAAUUCUGGACACAUCUGGCUCGAUGGUAUCUUACAUGAGUGACUUAAAGAAACAACUCGUGUCGUUAAUUUGGGAGCAGUUACAUAAGCAGAAUGUGAACUUCAACUUGGUGCAGUAUUCGUCCAAUGUUUUGAUGUGGCAGGACACACUUGUUGAAGCAACCAAAGAAAAUUGUGAACAAGCUAUUGAUUGGUUGCAACGACUCCAAAGUUAUGGUGAAACAGCCACUCUAGAAGCACUGCAGACUGCAUUCCACGCACAUAAAGAUGCGCAAGCGUUUUAUCUACUCACGGAUGGAAGACCGGACAGUAGUACGACGAUGGUGUUAAGAGAAGCAGCUAAUUUGAACAUGGAUCGACGUAUAAAAAUCCACACUAUUUCAUUCAACUGUGACGAUAGUUCAGCAAAUACCUUUCUCCAAAUGUUAUCUGCGCAAUCCAAAGGGAGAUAUCAUCGUUUUGUUAGUAAUAUCUUGGACGCUGAUUGCAUCCAAGAUAUCAUAGCUGAAGAUACUGCACAGACGAAAAACGCAGCGCUUUUCGAAGGUGAUGAUUUGAAACUUAUACUGAAAGAGAUCAAUAUGGCGAGAAAGUUUCUUCUCCAGUCUCUUUCGUAUCGAUUACUUCUGGAAAAACAUAGCAAGAAAUCUGAUCACUUCAUUUCAAAUGAUGUUCGUGUAGCUGUUGCAGGAGAGGAGAAAUGAACGAUAACGCGAUUAUUUCAGAUAUUGGAAACUGGCAGGAAAUGGAAAUGUCGUUAUUUAGACCUUUCGAAGUAUUAACGCUAAAACAAAAACUAACUAACUUUUCUUAUUAAAAAACCCGGGUGCUUUUGAGAAAUAUUUUUGUUUAAAUGAUGUAUGUAUUUAUAUGUAUUUUUUAUUUAAAUAUUUCUCUCUACUUAAGUUAAUCACUUCGGCAUGCAGUCUCGCGUGUGUUAAUGUGAAAUUAUAAAGGAGGGUACAAUAUAAUUGUAGUCCUUUUGUUGCCGCUGGUUUUUUGUUUGAAGAUUUUGACAUUUCAACUCAAUAAUAUUUAUAGUCUUAUCCGAAACUACACAGAACAAAAUCCAAACAAAUCAUUUUGGCUACUUCAUGAUUGGUACAAAUGCCUUAAAUAUACGAACUGAUCGUUGUAUUGGUCUAUUAGCUUUGUUUUCUUGCAAAACAUUUUUGAGUGUGUAUAUAUGAUAAAAUAUUGAAGUUUAGUAAUAUAUUUUGGUACUGUAAUUUUUUUUAACACUGUACAUUGUUCUGAUGGAAAUAAACUGUAUGUAUGCUCAAG